CCACUUUCGCGCCAUGGCUCGUUCAGGUCGUACAUCAUCUAAUAACCAGUCACGACCCACCUUCAAGAACCAAAGCUUCUCUAAACGCAAAGGCUCAGCUGCUACUGCCGCUAGCGGCUAUGCGAAACGACACGAACGCAAAGCAGCCAAAUCCGCUGGUCGUUUUGAAGAUGUUUACGAAUACGCUCCUGAAAAGGUUCGAAGGGCCAAGAUUGCUUUGGACCUUGACCGGGAUGAGGAAAUGGACGCUGGUCCUCUCGGAAAUGGUGGUGCAGAUGACAUGGAGGAUAUACGCAUGAAGGCACGGCUAAUCGGAGAGAACGAGGAGGACGAGAAGAUUGAUAGUGAGGAUGACGAAGAGAUUAAUAGCGAUGCUGCGUUUGACGAUGACGACGAUGAGAGAUUUGCUGGAUUCUUCACCAAAAAGGUGUUGAAGAAGAAGGCUAGCAAGCAAGUAUCCGUUACUUUCGCUGAUGUGGAUCUCAAUGAAGAUGAAGAUGAUGCCGAGCCGCAGGAGUCUGAGCGGGAUAAUGGAGAUGCAGAUAACGAAGACGGAGAAGAGUCCGGCGAAGAUGAUGAAUUCAUCAAUGUCCUUGACAUCCUGGAUGGAAGAGGUGAACCUCUCAACGAUGAGGACAACGAUGCACCUCCGGCGUCAUUUCGGGGAAAUUUUGUGUCAUCUAAAGAAGGUGAUGAGGGAAUGGAAGAUAGCGCAGAUGAAGCGGAUGAAGAAGAUGAAAAAGAGGUCGAUGACGAGGACGAAGUAGAUGAAGACGACAGAAUAUCAAUUUCUCUUUCAGAGGCCGAGGACGAAGCUGAUGGAACCUUGGACGACCUGCAGACAUUCAUCUCCUCCCUUGAUCCUACUUCGUCUGGCUCUAGGAAACGCAAAGCGGACGGCGAAGAACCUGAACAUUCACGAAAACGUCGCGUCAUCAAAGAACGCACCGAAGCUGGAGUAGAGAGCGAGUUCAGGACGCAGAGUGCCGGUCUGUCGCUGAAUGAUCUCCUGUCACCGCUAGGUCAAAGCUCUUUGGAAAAGUCUGUCAAGGUUCUGCAAUCGCAAUCUGGAGGAAAUGCCAUUUCGGCGGGGAAGAAGAAAAAACCGCAAACGCUCUCUGUACCACUGCCCCAGAGAACCCAGGAACGUCUCGACCGCGAAGCGGCAUACGAGCAGACAAAGGAAGAGGUAGACAAAUGGAGCGCAACAAUGAAGCGUAUCUCGGAAGCUGACCAUCUCAGUUUCCCGCUGCAAGCUCAGCCGCAAGGCAAAGUGAGCAAUCUGGAGCUUGCAGCAAAAUUCAAGCCCUCGACCGCCCUCGAGACCACCAUCUCAUCCCUCCUUUCCUCUGCCAACCUCGCUACAGAUGCCUCCGUUCUUGAAACCGAAGAAAACAUCCUCAAAACCAACGCUAUCUCCGUAGAAGACGUUGCCGAACGUCGUCGAGAACUUAGACAAAUGCGCGAGCUGAUGUUCCGCGCUGAAGUCAAAGCAAAGCGCGUGAAAAAGAUCAAAAGCAAGGUCUACCGCCGGCUGAAAAGGAAAGAGAAGGAAGCUGUCGAUAGGAACGAUGAUGGUAGUGAGGAGGAGCUUACUGAGGAGCGUCGUCUAAAAUUGGAGAUGGAAAGAGCUAGGGAGAGGGCGACGUUGAAGCAUAAGAAUACCGGCAAGUGGGCCAAGAAGAUGAUGAGUCGCGGUGGAUAUGGGGAAGGGGGUGACGAUGAUGAUAUUAGGGGUGGUCGGCAGGAGAUUGAGGAGAUGUUAUCGAGAGGAGAGAAACUGAGGAGGAAAAUUCAAGGAAGAGGAAGCGACGACGACGACAGUCAGAGCGAGAGUGAAGAUGACGGCGAGGAUGACUCAGGUGCUGGUGUAGAGUCGGCCUUCAACGAACUGAGAGCUCUUAGUAAGACAGAUGCGGAUCCCCUUGAAAGUGCAGGGAAGAAGGGAAAUAGCGUCUUCGAAAUGAAGUUUAUGAAGGAUGCAAUGGCUCGCAAACAAGCGGAUACGAGUCGAAUUGUAGAUGACUUUGUCAAGGAGAUGGGCGGAGAUGAGGGUCACUUCAGCGAUGGCGAAGUUGGAUCCACUGAGGAUGACCCUGACAGUGGUGUUAUUGUUUCCAGAACAGGAGGUAGGAUGGUAUUGCAACCUACGGCCAAAGGAUCAGAACACCCGACUCGAACAUUUUCUGUGGCCUCAGAAGAAACCUCAAGCUCGACGUUGAAAUCCACAGACUUCCCAACUCCCACGCCGCCAUCACCUUUAAUAUCUACAUCAGAAAAGCACUCGUCCCGACCUGCUCUUUCCCAGCCGUUCUCUUCGAAUGCGACAACAAGUACUUCAGCUUCUGUAAAUCCAUGGCUCGUCCCGUCCAGCUCAAGCGGUGCCGGCAAAGCUGGCCCAAAGAAAACGAACGAAAUCGUUGUGGACAAAGAUAGCUCACAGACCACAAAAUCGAAGCACAAGCUCAAAAAGCAGAACAAGAAGACUGAGGAAGAGAAGGCUCGUGUGAAAGAUGACGCUGUUGUUGAGAUUGAGAUGGAGAACGUUUUCGCAGUUCCUAAGAUCUCGAAAGGGCAUGAAGAGGCCCCCGCAACGUCUGCAGUCACCGCUUCCAAGAACAAUAUCAAGUUAAAAGAGAAGGGUAAAGCACAGAUCUCCGAUGACGAUUCGGGUAGUAAUGAUAGUGAGGUCGAAGAUCAGGAGAAGAUGUUACGGAUGAAGGGAAAGAAGAAGUCAAAGGCAACUAAAGCGUUUGAGCAAAGGGAACUUGUCGCUCGCGCCUUUGCGGGUGAUAAUGUAGUCAAGGAAUUUGAAGAAGCUAAACGCCGAGAAAUAGCUAUGGAUGCCCCCACAGAGGUCGAUACAACUCUUCCUGGUUGGGGUUCUUGGGGCGGUAUCGGUGUUCGCAAAGGCGCUCCCAAACCCCACCUCAUCAAAAAGAUCGCAGGUGUCGACCCCAAGUCUCGCGCUGAUUACCACAAAGCGCAUGUCAUCAUUUCCGAAAAACGGGAUAAGAAAGCGUCCAAGUAUCUUGUACCGGAUCUUCCGUACCCUUACACUAGCAAAACGCAAUUCGAUCGUAGAAUGCAACAGCCAUUAGGCCCGGAGUGGAAUACGAGGGUCGGGUUCCAGAGGGGGACGUUGCCCAAGGUUGUGAAAAAGAUGGGUACAGUUAUCGAUCCCUUAGAUAAAUUGUCCUGAAAUUGGGUUAUGGUGCGAAUGACUGAUCAUGCAUUGUAAUGGUACACGACCUGGACGAAGUACAAUGAGAAAAUUGGCUUCACCAAACUAUCGGCAAGAGGCUAAGAGUACGCUAGUAGGUCCCAGUGAAUCAAUUGUCAAUAAUUUUAAGGAACCCAUCACCUUGGAUGGAUGAAAUGGAUAAAUAUGCACCAUUCCGCGGCACUUCAGGAACAUACCGUCGUUGAAAAUACUGACUAGGCUCCACUCACUGCGUCG